UGGUUUACCUACGUACGUAUCGAGCUAACCUCAAAAAAUUAUGAACUAUAGAUGUAUAUAUAUUGCGCGAGAGCGUAGGGACAUCCAACGGGUGUUUCCCGAAAUAGACAUGAUUCACAACAGAACCGUGGUGAAUUGACAGAUCCUCUUCUUCUUCUUCUUCUUCUUCUUCUUUUUCUUCUUUUUUUCUUCUUGUUCUUCUUCUUCUUGUACUUCUCGAGUCCGUGAGUCGUUACGCUUCGUUGGAUCGCGCCAUCCGAUUAUAAUGUUUAUUUUUGUUCUCUGACUUUUUUCUUCUUUACGUGAUAUUGACGAAUGAUAGUGAACGAGCUGUGUGAUUUGGAGGAUCGAAUGUGAACGUGAUUUGUUGUGCUUAUGUGAGCUACCUUUUCUUGGAGAUUCCAGAGACGUUGUUUCUAUAUAAUCAAGAAGUAACGAGUAAAUAGCAAUUAAUUACGUCAGAGGAAAGGAACGAAAUAAAGAAGAAGAGAAAAGAACCAAUCACAUCCUUGUUGGAGAUAGUCGCAAUGGCCACAUUAUCUUUACGGAUCUCCAUUCCGGAGAAAAAUGCAACGAAGAUGAUGCAAUUUGAUCCAAGUACGUCAGUUUAUGAUGCCUGUCGUAUAAUACGAGAAAAAUUAGCAGAGGCCAGUAAUAUGGGACAACCCAAGGAUUACGGACUUUUUUUUGCCGACGAGGACGUAAAGAAAGGUGUUUGGCUCGAACCAGUAAGGAAUCUCGAUUAUUAUAUCUUACGAAACGGCGAUCUUUUGGAAUAUCGUCGUAAACUUCGUACUCUGAGAGUACGAAUGUUGGAUGGUACAUUGAAAACAUUGUUGGUAGACGAUAGUCAACCUGUCGCUAAUCUUAUGGUAGUUAUAUGCACGAAAAUUGGGAUUACAAAUCACGACGAGUAUUCUCUUGUACGCGAGCUCGUUGACGAAGAAACGGAAAAUCAAAAACCUGGUAACUUUGGUACUUUAACGUUGAAGAGAAGAAAGGAGGACAAAGGUGAGAGAGAUGCUAAGAUGGAUCAAUUGAGGAAGAAACUUAAAACUGACGACGAAGUUAAUUGGAUAGAUCCAAGUAAGACUCUUCGUGAGCAAGGUAUCGACGAAUCGGAAACGGUAUUAUUAAGAAGAAAAUUUUUCUUCUCGGAUCAGAACAUCGACAGUCGGGAUCCGGUGCAAUUGUCACUUUUAUACGUACAAGCAAGGGAUGCAAUUUUGGAUGGUACACAUCCGGUUACACAAGAGAAAGCUUGCAUCUUCGCUGGUAUCCAAUGUCAAAUACAAUUCGGUGAUCACAAGGAGGACAAACAUAAGCCAGGUUUUUUGGACUUGAAAGAAUUCUUACCGCAAUCUUACGUGAAAGUAAAGGGUAUCGAGAAGAAGGUAUUCGCCGAGCAUAAGAAACACGUUGGAUUGUCCGAACUCGAUGCUAAAGUUUUGUACACGAAAACGGCUAGAUCAUUGAGCACAUACGGUGUCACGUUCUUUUUGGUAAAGGAAAAGAUGAAGGGUAAAAAUAAACUUGUACCAAGAUUGCUCGGUGUAACGAAGGAUUCAGUUUUACGAUUAGACGAGAAGACCAAAGAAAUAUUAAAAACGUGGCCAUUGACAACCGUCCGACGUUGGGGUGCUUCCCCGAAUACGUUCACCCUUGAUUUCGGAGAUUAUUCCGAUCAAUAUUACAGCGUACAAACUACCGAGGCAGAACAAAUCUUACAAUUGAUCGCUGGUUACAUAGAUAUCAUAUUGAAGAAGCAAAAGGGUAAAGAUCAUUUUGGUAUCGAAGGGGACGAAGGAUCAACUAUGGUCGAGGAUAGUGUGUCACCUUUAAAAGCGACAAUUAUGCAACACGAGACUAGUAACGUUGGAAAGGGAAAUGUUGAAGCUGUUUCCGUCGCAAUACCCGCAGUUAUAAGAGCAGGUGGUGAUGGGGCUCGACCAUAUGGGACAGGUCACAUGGGUGGUGCUCAAUACACGACCGUCAGCGGACAAGUCAACAUCGCACAUGCUCCGCCAAUGGUGCAACAAACAAAAGUUACAUCCGUCCUGUCGGAACCACAGCGUGCCUUACUUUCGACGAUAACAGCCGGUCACGAGGUGAUCAAUAUCGCAGAAACGGAACUCUCUUGCAAAGCACAAUUACCGGAACUCGGUACCGAUCCAGCAUCCCUAAAAUGGAUCGAACAGACCAUAGAUACGCACAAACAAAAUGUUGGCUCUCAGAUAGCAGCGAUGAACGCAGCUACGGCACAAGUAGUAACGUUGACUUCGGGCCCAGCGGAUGACGUCGAUCAUACGGCCGUAGGUGCAGCGAUAACAACCAUAGCCACGAAUCUUCCUGAAAUGACAAAAGGUGUUAGAAUGAUAGCAGCUUUGAUGGAGGAUGAAUCAUCUGGAGAACGUUUACUCGAUGCAGCUAGAAAAUUGUGUUCCGCUUUCUCAGAUCUACUGAAAGCGACGGAACCAGAAACUAAAGAGCCAAGGCAGAACUUGUUGAACGCUGCAUCACGGGUUGGCGAAGCGUCGCAUCAAGUAUUGACAACGAUCGGCGAGGAAAACGAUUCAAAUCGAGAAUUACAGGAUAUGUUGCUCGCAUUAGCGAAAGCUGUAGCGAACACGACUGCCGCGUUGGUAUUAAAAGCGAAAAACAUAGCGGCUACCUGCGAGGAUUCGGCUACGCAGAACAGAGUAAUAUCAGCGGCCACGCAAUGUGCGUUAGCUACGUCCCAAUUGGUAGCUUGUGCGAAAGUGGUAGCACCGACUUUGCACUCGCCCGCUUGUCAAACGCAGUUGAUGAACGCCGUGAGAGAGGUAACGAAAGCUGUCGAGGGUUUGGUCGAGGUCUGUAACGAGACCUGUAACGAUGAAAACUUAUUGAAAGAAUUGAGUACGGCAGCGAGCGAAGUCAGCAGAACGUUGAACGAUCUUUUGAAUCAUAUUAAAACAGCUACCAGAGGCGAACGUGCAAAGGAAUCUAUUCAAGAGGGUGCGGUCGAAACGAUUCUCGUAGCGACGGAUAAACUUUUCGCUAGUACGGGAGACGCCGGUGAAAUGGUCAGACAGGCUAGAGUAGUUGGACAAGCUACAGCGCAAUUGAUUCAAAGUAUCAAAGGUGAAGCUGAGAAACAGACCGAUCCGGAACAACAGCGACGUCUCUUAGCAGCCGCUAAGAUAUUGGCCGAUGCUACAGCGAAAAUGGUAGAAGCCGCUAGACAAUGUACGAGCAGCCCGCACGACGCUAAGAUGCAAGAUCAGCUUAGACAAGCUGCCGAGGAAUUAAGAACGGCUACAACGGUAGCCGCUACUCCGGCAUUGCGUAGAAAAUUGAUCGUACGUUUGGAGGCUUGCGCGAAACAAGCCGCAUCCACGGCAACUCAAUGCAUCGCUGCUUCUUCCGGUGCUGUACACCACAACACGAAUCACGCGAGUCAGGAGGAAUUGAACGUAGAGUGUAGAUUGAUGGCUCAACACAUACCGCAUUUAGUCGCUGGAGUAAAAGGGACCCAGGCUCAACCGGACAAUCCUACCGCACAACUUAAUCUGAUUAAUGCCGCGGAACAAUUUUUACAACCGGGCACUGCCGUAAUCAAAGCUGCCAGGGCUGUUUUGCCUACAGUAACCGAUCAGGCAUCAGCAAUGCAACUGAAUAAUACGUCUCAACAACUUGGUUCCUCGUUGGCCGAUUUAAGAUCGGCCGUAACACGAGCUAGAGAAGCUUGCGGUGGAUUAGAAUUAGAUGCUGCCGAAGAAUUAAUUAACAGUUUAAAGGACGAAUUGAAAGAAUUCUAUCAAGCUGUAGAAGCUGCCUCUUUGAGGCCAUUGCCCGAGGAAACUAUGGAAUCUACGGCUUUACGACUUGGCUCGACAUCCAAGAAUGUUGGAUAUGCUAUGGCACAAUUGCUGUCAGCUGCUAAACAAGGAAACGAAAAUUAUACCGGAAGUGCCGCUAGAGAAACUGCGUCGGCACUUAAAGAUCUUACGUAUGCUGUACGCGGUGUCGCCGCUACGUCUAAUCAACCAGAGACGCAAAAGAAAGUGUUGAUGACCGCCGACGACGUAAUUCUCCGAUCUCUACAUCUUGUCCAAGAGGCCAGGCGAGCAUUGAAGAAUCCAGACAACCCAGAAAAUGAAGCGAACUUAGCUGCCGUCGCCAAAGACGUAUCGCACUCCUUGAACAAAUGUGUCUCUUGUCUGCCUGGUCAGAGAGACGUGGACGAUGCUAUUCGCACGAUAGACGACAUGAGUCAAGUUCUUAAUAUGAAUGAGUUCCCGCACACCGAUAAGAAUUAUGGACAAUUGCAGAAUGACCUCAACAAUGCGGCUGCCAACUUGAACGACGCCUCUUCGAACGUCGUCUCUUCGGUUCGUUCACCUGUACAAUUGGCAAGUUCUUCCAAACAAUUUUCAAAUGCUUUCGGAGAUCUAUUAGGCGUUGGUAUGGAAAUGGCAAGUCAAACCACCGUAGAAACCAGAAGUCAAAUGGUGGUUUCUUUGAAAAAUGUUAGCAUGACGUCCAGUAAGCUUCUCACAACAGCCAAGUCAGUAGCCGCCGAUCCUAGCGCGCCGAAUGCCAAGAAUCAACUUUCUGCUGCUGCACGAGCAGUGACAGAUUCAAUAAAUUACUUAGUCGAUGUUUGUACAUCAGCAGCACCAGGACAAAAUGAAUGCGAUAACGCUAUAAGAAACAUUCAAUCGAUGGCAUCUCUUUUGGAUAAUCCUAGCGAACCUAUAUCCGAUGCGUCGUACUUCGAGUGUUUGGAAAUUGUUAUGGAGAAGAGUAAAAGUCUCGGAGAUGGUAUGACGGGUAUCGCGAAUCAUGCAAAGAAAUCGGAACACGAACAGUUUUCGGUAGCCGUUAGAGGAGUCUCAUCAUCGAUUUGCGGAUUAAUUGAAGCCGCUGCUCAAGCGGCGUAUUUGGUAGGUGUUAGCGAUCCUACAUCGGUAGCUGGAAAACCUGGCCUCGUAGAUCAAGCACAAUUCCUGAGAGCCGCUCAAGCGAUUCACACUGGUUGUCAGAGUCUUGGUAAUCCAACGAGUACUCAACAGCAGGUAUUAUCGGCGGCUACGAUGAUAGCCAAACAUACCAGUGCAUUGUGCAAUGCUUGCCGUCAAGCAUCUAGUAAAACCAGUAAUCCAGUUGCCAAACGUCACUUCGUACAAUCGGCAAAGGACGUAGCGAAUUCAACCGCUUCCUUGGUAAAAGAAAUAAAGGCACUCGAUCAGAACUAUUCCGAGAUAAAUCGUGAGAAAUGUGCGGAAGCGACGAAGCCCCUUUUGGAGGCUGUCGACAAUCUUUGCACGUUCGCGAGUUCCCCGGAAUUCGCUAGUCAACCGGCUAAAAUAUCCGUCGCGGCUAGGGCAGCUCAGGAGCCUAUAACGAGCGCUGGGAAAGCUAUCAUCGGUGGUUCCUGCGCGAUGGUACAAGUUGCGAAAAGUUUGGCCAUAUCGCCGAAAGAUCCGCCAACCUGGCAACUGUUAGCCAACAACAGCAAAAACGUAAGCGACUCGAUCAAGUCGUUGGUCGCAUCGAUACGUGACAAAGCGCCAGGACAAAAGGAAUGCGAGGCCGCGAUAGAAAAGCUUUCAGCUAGAAUCCGUGAACUGGAUACGGCCUCUCUCAGUGCCGUUUCACAGGCCCUUGUACCAAGACGCGAUAACACUGUACAAGGUUUCACCGACCAAAUGGAGAGUAGCGCGAGCGAAUUGCGAGAGAAAUUGGAACCGUUGCGUAACGCUGCGAAAUACGAAGCCGAAAAUGUCGGACAUUCCGUUAAUCAAGUUGCAUUGUACUGCGAGCCCUUGGUAUCAUGCGCCAUUGGUGCCGCAUCUAACAUGGUACAUUCGAAACAACAAAUGGUAUUGCUCGAUCAGACCAAGACGGUAGCAGAAUCAGCUUUACAAUUGAUAUACGUUACCAAAGAAUCGGGUGGAAAUCCUAACGCAACAUCUCUUCACGCGGAAGUGGACGAAACCGUCGAAUCCAUGAAAGACGCGUUACACGAGUUACAAAACACAUUGGAAACAAUAUCAACGUCUAACGGAAUUGUUACAGGCUUGAUCGAUACCAUCUCACGAGCUAUGGUCAGGCUAGAGGAUCAUAGAAUGUCUACGAUCGAUACGGUCGACUCUUAUGUCGAUUAUCAAACGAGGAUGGUCGAGGCGGCUAAAGAAAUCGCAAGACUCGCACAGGAAAUGUCGACGAAAUCUAGUACGGACGUGGCCAGAUUGGGACCGCUUGCAGUAGAUAUCUCUCACAAAUAUACACAGCUCGCCCGAGACACUUCAGGUGCAUCGGCCGCGGCCUCGAACGCUGACGUUUCAACUAGAUUAAGAACCGGUGUUCAAGAACUUGGACAGACCUGUAUCGACAUAGUACGCGCAGCUGGAACCUGUCAAAUGUCACUCGGUGACGUCUACACGCAACGGGAGGUAGCCGAACACAGUAAGAUCGUCACGGAGAAGGUCUCUCAAGUUUUGGCCGCUCUACAAGCUGGUUCGCGCGGUACGCAGGCAUGUAUCAAUGCUGCGAGUACGGUAUCCGGUAUAAUCGGUGACCUUGACACAACCAUCAUGUUCGCUACCGCUGGAACUCUGCACGCGGAGAACGAAGGUGACACGUUCGCCGAUCAUCGCGAAAACAUAUUGAAGACUGCUAAAGCUUUGGUGGAAGAUACGAAAACGUUGGUUGCUGGUGCUGCUUCCUCGCAAGAACAAUUAGCCGUAGCUGCACAAAAUGCUGUCUCGACGAUCGUACAACUCGCCGAAGUAGUGAAAUACGGUGCUGCCAGUCUUGGUAGUCAAAAUCCUGAGGCACAGGUUAUGCUUAUCAACGCUGUUAAAGAUGUAGCCUCCGCGUUAGGCGAUCUCAUACACGCGACCAAAGCUGCAAGUGGCAAACCUAUCAACGAUCCCAGCAUGGCACAUUUAAAGGAUUCCGCGAAGGUGAUGGUGACGAAUGUGACAUCGUUGCUGAAAACCGUUAAGGCUGUAGAGGAUGAACACACGCGUGGUACCCGUGCCUUGGAAUCGACGAUCGAAGCCAUUGCACAGGAAAUUCGUGCACUGAGUACAUCGGAAGGUCAAAGGAGCAACGUUACGCCUGAGGAAUUGGUACGUUGUACCAAGAGUAUAACAAUCUCAACGGCGAAAGCGGUGGCCGCUGGUAACAGUUGUAAACAAGACGACAUCAUAGCUGCUGCAAAUAUGGGCAGGAAGUCGAUAAGCGACAUGCUGAUGAUUUGCAAGGGGGCCGCCUACAACUGUGCGGAAACGGCCGAGCUAAGGGACAGAACUUUGCAGGCAGGCCAUGACGUUGCUAUGAACUACAGAGAGCUCCUUCAGGCGAUACUUCAGAUAGCGUCUAGAUCGGGCGACGCUAAGCAUACACUACCACCAAUAUCUCGGAAGAUCGCUCAAAGCGUCACGGAAUUGGUGGCCGUCGCUGAGUUAUUGAAAGGAAACGACUGGGUCGAUCCUGACGAUCCCACUGUAAUCGCUGAAAACGAACUGUUGGGUGCAGCUGCCAGUAUCGACGCUGCUGCGAAGAAGCUAGCGAGUCUUAGACCAAGAAGAAGUAUUCAGGAGGCCAACGAAGAUAUGAAUUUCGACGACAUGAUCUUAGAAGCGGCCAAAUCUAUCGCCGCUGCUACGUCCGCUCUCAUCAAAGCGGCCAGUGCUGCCCAAAGAGAAUUAAUCGCAACCGGUAAAGUAUCACGAACACCUUUAACCAGCUCCGAUGAUGGUCAAUGGUCAGAAGGAUUAAUAUCAGCAGCAAGGAUGGUAGCCGCAGCUACUCAUAGUCUCGUUGAAUCUGCAAAUGCUUUGGUACAAGGUGUCAGUUCUGAAGAAAAAUUGAUUUCAAGCGCUAAACAAGUUGCCAGUAGUACCGCUCAACUUUUGGUUGCGUGCAAGGUCAAAGCUGAUCCAGACAGCGAUAGUACCAAACGUUUACAAGCGGCUGGUAACGCUGUGAAACGUGCAACAGAUAAUCUCGUGCGUGCUGCACAACAAGCUAUUCAACAGGAGGAGGAUCGUUCCUUGAUUUUAAAUCGUAGAAUGGUCGGUGGUAUAGCACAAGAAAUCAAUGCAAGAUCAGAGGUUUUACGUAUAGAACGUGAACUCGAGGAAGCUCGAGGCAGACUCACUGCCAUUAGACAAGCCAAAUACAAAGGAUCUUCUUUGUCUUAUAUACAAGAACGUGAAAUGUCAUACGAAAAAUGUACUCGUACCUUCGACAAGAAUUAUGUCGUGCAAAUGUAAUUCGAUAGAAAAGCAUCGAUCUUCGCGUCAUCGAAAUCCAUCGACUUAUUUACAAACGCCGUGACCAAAUUUUUUUUACUCUUUUUUUCUUUUCUUUUUCUUUUCUUUUCUCUUUCUCUCUCUCUCUUUUUUUUUCUUUUUUUUUCUUUUUUUUUUUGCAAUCAAAUUUUGAUUUACGAAAAAGGAAAGAAAAGAUCAGACCGAUACGUAUUAAAAUGUUUAAUGUCGUGUUUUAUUAACAAAGUCUUGUCGAUGUAAUCGAUCAGAUAUUUUCAUUCUGCUUUCACUCCGUUCAUUCCAUCAAUUUUUUUUUCCUUUUUCUCUUUUUUUUUUCUUUUUUCUUUCUGUCUUUCUUUUUUUUUUUUUUUUUUUGUAUCUCUAGAUCGAAACGUUCCAACGUCCAACUUAAAAUUUCCAGAUUCGCGUAAGAUGUCACGAUUGCUCGUAGAUAUAUUUUAUCUUACUUAAUAGUUCUAUUAUUUUCUUUUUUUCUUUUUUUUUCUAAUUUUAUAUUAACCGACGUACAUUUUUUGUUAUAUCCAUGAACGAUUAAUAUUUUUAUUGGGUACGGUAAAGAAAGAGAGAAAGAGAGAGAAAAUUAAUGAUAUUGAAAUAAAUAUAACCGAGAAUUCACAUAAUUUAUUUCUCUUGUAUUACUUGGCUGAUUGAAAUCAUAUUGUUCUGACGCAUAACCGUAGUGCGUAGGCGAGUUUAAACCAAUAAGAAUUAUGCGAGGGCGGAGGAUAAUGAACAUGCAUAUGCAUUUCCUUUACGAACGAAAUCGUCAUUUCUCUUUCUCUCUUUUUUCUUUUUUUUUAAUUUUUUACAUGACCAAAUUUUGUUAACUGGUAAAAAAGCUAAAUUUAAAAUUCAUUAAAAACGAAAAUUUAAGAGGUAUGUACAUACUUUCGUAAAGUUAUUUCAAAUAGCUAGAGAGAUGCUUUUCUGAUAUUUUUUGCAUAUUUGCUAUUUUCUUUAUCAGGUUCAAUCAUUUUUUUCCCUUUAAAGAAAACAUACUAUCAUAUCCAUUAAUUGAAUUUCUAAACGGUAACAAAAAGUGUCCUUAAAUAAAAGAUUAUAAUGCGUGUGCUUUCAUUAUUAUUAUUAUUAUCAUUAUUAGUAUUAUUAUUAGCUUUGUAUAUGUAAUUGCGAAUAAUUGUUGCAAAUAACAUAGACUAUAAUUAAGUAAGUAAUCUAUUAUUAUUGUUAUUAUUAUUAUUAUAAAUGAUAUUAGGGAAGAUUUUUUUUUUUUAGUUACCGCCGAUUUCUUUUAGCUUUCUUCUAUUUUUUUUUUCUUUUUCUUUCUUUUUUGAUUUAUUUUAAUUUUAGCUUUAGCUUUUAAUAUAAUAUCGUAAGAAGAACGAAUUAACAAGAAGCGCAACAUAUCAAUGUUAUUUUAUUCAUUUUCUUAGGAAGCGUGAAUUCACGCUCGUUGUCUGCACGUAACACUUUCCGUUCUUUUUAAUUUAACACGAAUCGUAUUCUUCAUUCACAGUGCUUUGCUUGUCAUAGAUCAAUCAUUUAUAUAUAUAUAUACAAAUAUGAUAUAUACAGAGUGGUCCAUAUUAUUAUCUACAAUUAUUUUUUUGUUCUUUCUCUUUUUUUUGAAAUGGAAAAAAAAAUGUAGAAUUCCAUAUGAGAUAGUAAAGAACUAAAGCAUAAAAAUUGUAAUAAUAAUAAUAAUAAUAAUCGAACAAAUUUUAAUGGCACACAUUAUUCCCUUGAAUUUAUUUAAACGACAAUAUAUGUUUAAGAUACAUUUGAAACUUUUUCUUUUUAUUUUAAUUGUAAUUAUUAUUUUAUAAGAAUAUUCCUUAUCAAAGGGAUUCCAGUUAGAUGAACCACUCUAUAAUAUAUUAUAUGUUUCUUUGCAAUUUGCUUAUCAUCGUUAAGUAAUAUCUCUUGAGUUAUGUAGAUAGAUUAAGAUUAAAUUCCUGUAAGAGAGUGAAAGAGAAAGAGAGAGAAAGAUAUAUAUAUAUAUAUACAUAUAAUAUUAUAAAUGAGAUCGCUUAUAAAUGAUCGAUUAGUGCAAUUAUUAGUCUUUCGUAAUAUAAUAAUAAUCUAUGUAUGUGUAAAUAAUAGUUGCAGGUUUUUUUAACGCGAGUUAAAAAAGAGAAAAAGGAAAAAAAAAAGAAAGAAAACAAAAUUGGCUGAAUAAAAGUGAAAUAGAGCGAGUGAGAGAGAGAGAGAGAGAGAAUGAGUGUAUGUGUGUCUUAAAAUUUGAUAAUUAUGGCUAAUAUUUAAUUUAUAUAUUUUCCACGUGCAGAGAUACGGAACUUCAUCGGUUUAUCAUGAGAAAGUUCAAGAGUUUGAUAUAAUGUUCGAUAAUUAUGAUAAAUAUACAUAUAUACAUAUAUAUAUAUAUAUUUUUCUUUUCUAAAUGGGAUAGAAAAAAAUCUCUGUUGAGAAAUAGCUAAUAUGAGACUCUUCCAAAACAAAAUAAGUGUCCCUGACGAUACCAGAUAUCGAAAAGAUCAAAGGUGACAUUCAUACAUUGAUAUACGUUAUAUACAUAUGUGGAAGAGUGCCAUAAUGUAGAAACCAUAACAAUGACUAAUUCAAUCAUAUAUAUAUAUGUGUAUGUGUGUGUGUGGGCGUGCGUAUGUGUACGUAUAUGUGCGUACACGCGUAUACACAAGAGAGCAAUGGCUUCUAUUAUUGCGACAAUGCAUUAUUUUGAGAAUAUGGAUUAUAUACAGGAUGUUUUUAAUCAUAUAUAUAUAUAUAUAAAAUUAAAAUUAGCAUUUUUAAUAAACGAAAAUAAAUGAACUUAAGUUUCGAUAAUAAAGAAGACUUUUAAACA